UCUCCCUCACAAAAAUCGUUCCUCCCUCUCUCCCUCACUCUCACACGCCUCUCCCCUCCCUCUCUACAAUCUCUCCAAAGAUCCCCCAUCAAAUUCUUGUUCUUGCAUCCGAUGAAUCGCAUCGUCUCUUGUCCCUACCGAUCCGUUUUCGUCAAAGAAGAAACUUGUGUUCUCGCCAAGAAUGUUUCGUUUGCGCGAUCUAACGCUGCGGGAGCUGCAGGAAGAAUUCUUGGCUCUUCAAGUCAAGCAAAAUGAGAUUAUGUCUCGCUUUCUGGCUACUAGUGGUGGCGCUGAAUUUUAGGGGAGGCAGCAGCAAUACUUUGCGACGCGCCAAUCGAAGGUGGGUUUUCCCCUUUUCUCUGGUGAGGAUCUGCAAGGAUGGAACAUGCGCUGUGACCAUUUUUUUACUGUCGACCUCAUUCCAGAGGAGGCGAAAGUCCGGCUAGCGAUCAUCAACCUCGAGGACCGUGCUUUACAAUGGUACAAGAACUGGUCGAAGUAUCAGGAGUUUCCUAUGGCGACGCCAUGACCGUUGUUUCUCCAAGCUUUGGAGAGUCGAUUCGGCGAUCCCAUGUCGGAGCUACUUUCUUUGAGACAAACGGGUACGUUCACCGAUUACCACGAUCGGUUCGAAUUGCUUCUGGGUCUUGUCUCUAUUCCCGAAUCCUAUGCUAUCAGCCACUUUAUCAACGGGCUCUGCUCCUUCGUCCAAAAGGCAGUCCGGUUGUUCAUGCCUCAGAUGCUGGUUCAUGCGUACGCUUUAGCUCGGUUGCAGGAUCUCUCUGCCCCGAUGAAGGAGGGUUUUUCUACGCCUUCUCGUCGCUUCAACACUCCGAGUUCCUCUGGUACUUCCCCGACCCCUUCUUCUUCCCCUCUGUUACCUACGCCUACUAUGCCUAAUUUUAAGAGUAGGAGGGUGUUAACCCUGAGGAGAUGACUGACCGUCGGUCCAGGGGUCUAUGUUAUGGAUGUGAUGAGAAAUUUGAUCGGAACCAUCGUUGUGUGAAGAAGCAACUGUUGGUUUUGGAGGUUGAUGAUGGGGAUAGAGGAGUUGAGGAAGUGUAGGAGGAUGGGAUGGAUGAUGACUGUGAGGAAGAUGAAAAUCCUCUGAUUUCGAUCCAUGCUAUUAGUGGAUCCUCAUCGUGCAGCUUCAAAACAAUACGCAUCACUGGCCGGGUGGGUAAUCGCCCUCUCCACAUCCUCGUGGAUUCCGGUAGUACUUACAACUUCUUGGACCUCCGCCUUGCCAAGCGCCUUGGCCUUCAAUUGACACCAAUUCGACCCGUCUCGGUGGAUGUUGCCGUUGGGAACCGCCUUGAUGCACUUCUGUGUGCAAAGAUCUGCAGUCUGCGGGGGACUACCUUCCACACGGAGGUUUUGCUCCUUCCUUCUGGGAAUUGCGAUAUGGUAUUGGGUGUACAAUGGUUGGAGACCUUGGGGGUGAUCCAUUGGGACUUCAAACACCUUACUAUGGAUUUUACCUUGGAUGGGAAACGUUAUGUGUUGCGUGGAGGUCAAUCUGACCCCCCGGUUAUGGCUAUCUCAGAUCGGGAAAUGAACAAGCUCUUGGCUCAUUCCGAUGGUAUUCAGCUUUGCUGCGUUAAAGUGAAUUCCAACCGCUGCUCUGAACUUUUGUCGCUGGACAGCUCUGCUCAGGAGGAACAAAGGAUUCCUUCAUUCAUCCAUUCUUUUUUGGAUAGCCAAGGCGAGGUGUUCAAGGAGGCCACUGCCCUCCCUCCGCCGCACUCUAAGGAUCAUCGGAUUGUACUCAACCCUGGAGCUUCGCCGGUUAAUUCUCGGACCUACCGCCACACUGCCCUGCAGAAGAACAUUAUCGAGAAGUAGGUGGCUGACUUGCUACAGCAGGGUUUCAUUCGACCAGCUCAAGUCCCUUCUCUUCCCCCGUGAUCUUGGUGAAGAAGAAGGACGGCACUUGGCGCAUGUGCGUCGACUAUCGGAGGCUGAACAAACUCACGGUGAAAGACAAAUACCCGAUUCCUUUGAUUGAGGAGCUACUUGAGGAGCUGCACGGGGCAGCUGUUUUCUCCAAAAUCGAUCUAUGUGCCGGCUAUCAUCAGAUCCGUAUGAAGCCCGAUGAUGUUCCUAAGAUGGCUUUUAAAACUCACGAUGGUCACUAUGAGUUUGUGGUCAUGCCGUUUGGCCUCAUAAAACACGCCAGCGACCUUUCUGAGCCUUAUGAAUGACGUUUUCCGGCCGUUUUUGAGGAGGUUCGUCUUGGUCUUCUUCAACGACAUAUUGAUCUAUAGCCGGGACUACGCGACACACCUCGGCCACCUUGUGCAGGUUUUUGCAACGUUGAGGGAGCACUCUUUGUUUGCCGUUCUAUGUGUAAGAACUGCAUUGAGUAUUUGGGGCAUAUCAUUAUGAAGGAGGAUGUUGCAACGGAUCCUAAGAAAUUGCAAGCAAUGCAAGAUUGGCCUACACCGAUGGAUGUCUCCAAAUUGAGAGGCUUCUUGGGCCUCACCAGCUAUUACCGCCGAUUUAUCAAGAAUUACGGCGUGAUUUGUAAGCCUCUUACUGAUUUAUUACGGAAGGAUGCAUUCUUGUGGGAUGAGGGUGACGAUCUUUCUUCAAAACUCUCAAGGAGGCUAUGCUAUCUCCUCUUGUGUUGGCUCUGCCCGACUUCUCUCUCCUUUUUUCAUUGAGAAUCAUCAAGCUGUUUCAUGACUCUAGUGCGGGUGGUUAUUCGUGUAUUCUAGCUACCUACAAGCGCCUAUGUUCGCUUUUCUAUUGGCCUAACAUGGAAAAGCAAAUUCGCUUGUACAUUCAGGAGUGCGACACUUGUCAGCGGUUUAAGCACGAUAACAGUGCAUCUCCCGGCCUAUUGCAGCCUCUCCCUAUCCCCGACGGGGCCUGGACUCAGUUCAGCUUGAAUUUCAUUGAAGGCUUACCGGUUUCCGAUGGGAAAUCUACCAUUUUGGUGGUGGUUGAUCGUUUGACCAAAUAUGCUCACUUCAUGAGCCUCGCCCACCCUUACACGGCUCUUACGGUGGCGCAAGCCUUCUUGGACUCUGUUUUCAAGCUCCACGGUCUCCCCACUAGUCUUAUUAGUGAUCGUGACAAGGUUUUCGUGAGUAAUUUCUGGUUGGAUUUCUUCAAAUUGCAGGGUGUCGAGAUGCAUCUAUCGACCGCAUAUCACCCUUAGUCUGACGGUCAAACGGAGGUUGUUAGCCAUUGUUUGGAGACAUACUUACGUUGUAUGUGCGGUGAUCAGCCUACACUGUGGAGCAGGUGGUUGAGCCUAGCAGAAUUCUGGUACAACACGUCGUUUCAUUCGGCUAUCCAAACUACUCCGUUCGAGGCUCUCUAUGGUUACCCGUCCCCGAUUCACAUCCCAUACUUCAAGGGAGACUCUUCAAUCCAUGAUGUCGAUGAGUGCUUGGUGGCUCGAGAUGCUAUGAUCGAGGUUCUCAAACACCAUCUUGGCCGUGCUCAGGCGCGUAUGAAGCAACAACAUGAUCGGCACCGCUCCGACCGACAGUUUGCUAUUGGUGAUGGGGUCUAUUUGAAGUUGCAACCCUAUAGGAAAAAUACGCUGCGUGACCACCAGUUCUACUCUUCCGUCUGUUGGAAACUCUACCUUCUUGGAGCCGGUGAAGAUCCUCGAUAGGCUUUUGGUGAAGAGGGGCAACCAGCCGUCUACUCAAGUCUUGGUCCAAUGGGCUAACUCCUUUCCGGAGGAUGCGACGUGGGAGUAUUUGUUUGACAUACAGGAUUGCUUUCCGCAUUUCAAACCUUGAGGACAAGGUUUAUUUCGAGGGGGAGAUUUGGUACGUGAAGAAUAAGUGUCGAGGUGGAUAGCUAAAUAAUCAUGGUGCAUGGGUGCAUGCAAGCAUGGCUCAGCAGGGGAUUAAAUCACACAUGACACACAUGAUGAAGAAUGAGAGUUAGUUAGAUUGUGAUAGUUUGUUAGAUCUACUUUUACUCGUCUAUAAGAGCACAAUUUCCCUUCAGUUGUAAAAGCAUAUUAUGAAUUAAUGCAAAGUUCUCCCUCUUCCUCUCCUUCGUCUUCCACAA